CCCUUUUGUCCUACGGUGGCUGAAGGACACGCGUAGGGCAAAAAAAUGGCGCUCGAAGCUCGUUGCGGAGCGAUGGAGUUGGAAGUGGACGAAUUGGAAAAGAGCUGGGUCCAGAUGAACGACAAGAUCGAGGCAGUCAUCAAGCGUCUGCCUAAGAGACCAGGCAUCAACGGAGAUCAGCUUCGGGCGGAGAUGAGGUCCAUCGACAUCAAGCUGACCACCACGUCCAUGAAGCUGGUGGAAGAGAAGACCCUCCUCCGCAGGAAGGAUAGCAUCAAGGCCCGCCUCAAAGACCUGGCCGCCUAUGAGUUGGCCCAGCAGGAUGUGCAAGCACUAAAGGACCAACGAGCGAUGUUGUUCACAGAAAAGCGCGACAAGACCGCCCAGAUGGCCGAGAUGCGUCAGGGUCUCCGCCGCUUGCGGCUGGCAGAUCGCCUCGGCGUGGCCCCCCGUGAUCUAGCCCAGGAGAGCAUCGAGGUUCCCCGCGAGGCUACCGGAAGAGUGAUCGGGAAGAAGAGGGCGGCGCUUACGCAACUGGAGGAAGAGUGCAGGGUCUUAAUCGUGACGGAGAAUAAUCGAGUCUGUGGGUCCACAGCGGCAGCCCGGAUCUGGCCCGACAAACCCCACGGCGGCGGAGGCGGCGGCGGCGGCGGCGGCGGCGGUGACACUCUGAUCCUCCACCUCAGCGGCACCCGCGAGGGAGUCGAGGAAGCCCGGCGCAGGCUCGACGUCACCAUCCGCACGACGGAAGCGGUGGUGAAGGCCUCGCCCGCGCUCGCCGCCGCCCUCCGCGCGUCCAGGCGCGCCCUGCUGCUCCGCCUGGAGAAGGAGCACGGCGUCAAGAUCUUCAUCGUCGGCCCCGCCGCCGCCGCCGCCGCCGCCGCCGCCGCCGCCGUUGAUGUCGAUAGCGGCGGCACGGGUGCUGCCGGAGAUAGCGGCAAAGAUGGUGGUGGUCGCGCGGAACAUCAGUCGCGUGGAAGAGGAGACGGCGGGGCAAGGGCGGCGCCGGCGCCGGCGCCGGCGCGGGGACAGGUGGCCGUGGACGUAACGGUCUGCGGGUUGCCGAAGGGAAUCGACGCGGCGCGGGCGGAACUGGAGGGGCUGGAUUGCCUGGAGCUUGCUGUACCCGUCACCCGAAAGGCUUUGCCUUCCAUCUUCGGCUCCGGGGGUGCCAACCUCCAGCAGAUGGAGUCGGAGUACGGCGUCUGCUUGGACGUGCAGACGGGUGUGUCCCGGGUGGUGUUGAUGGGGGUUCGAGCAGGUGUGGAGGCGGCGGCGGAAAAGAUCCGAGCGAUAUCCCACGAGUUCCGGGACACGGAGGAGCGGUGGCCGGUGGAGCCGUACCAGGUCUCCUUCCUACUCCGCAACCGGGGAGCGGAGCUCAAAGGCAUGGCCCACCGGGUAGGAGGUGGCGUGAUGAUGACCAUCCUCGAAGGGGCCAAGACCAAGGGGCCGGCGGCGGCGCCCACGUUGCCGGCGGCUGCGCUCUUGGAAGGAGAAGGGGAGGACGUCGAUGAAGCCCCCCACUCGCCAGAGGAGGAGGUGAAGGAGGGACGGGGGGGGAGUCAGAGCACGACGUCGUUCGUCUGGGUAAGGGGUGCGGCUCCGAGGGUGUCGGCGGCCGGCGUGCUGCUGCUGGAGCGCUUGAAGGCCGCCGAGCACCUGACGGCCAAGGUUGCCGUCCGGGAGGAUAUCGUGUCGACCUUUGUCGGCCACGCCGGGUCGGAAAUACGGAAGCUGCGGCGCCUCUGCGUCGGGUGCGACCUCGGGCUGUCGCCAGCGACGGACGGCGUGGCGGAGGUGUUGCUGCUGGCGGACGACGAGGCUAGGCUCGCCGCCGCCGUCGGCCUGGUCGAGAAGUGGGUCCAUCACCAACAGGUUCGGAUGGUGGCCGUGGGGUCGAAGAUAGCCGGGAUGCUCAGGACUUUCCGCGCCGCGGGAGUGAGAGACAGGAUUACCGGGGCUAAUCGGCGGCAAAAGGGGUCGGGGACAAGCGGCGGCGGCGGCGGCGGAGGAGGAGGAGGAGGAGCGAACUCGAACGAUGGCGGGCGGGCGAGGGGUGAUGCGGGUGAAGGAGGAGACCCGGAUGACCUAUUCGGAGGCGUGAUCAUGGACUCCUUGGUGGCGGAGGGCAUGGUGCGACUGAGGGGCGGGGACGAGGAGUUGGACCGUGCGGAACGCCUCGUGAGGGAGUUCGAGGCGGACAACUGGACCACGGAGGCACCUGUAGCGAUCAGCGAUGAGGACGUGCUGUUUCGGAAAGGUUUUCUCCGGAAAAUGCAGGCCAAUGAAACCGAUGUCAACCUCCACUACCUUCGCGAUAGGGGAGUCGUUGUGGUGCGAGGUCGGCAGGAGCACGCCGAAAGUGCGGCGGCCUCACUGCUAUGGAAGCUGCACGGAGGAGGGGAACUCGAUGAGAACGGGAUGCCUCCUUGUUCGGUGUCCCUGGUUGCCGUGGCCCCGUCCGGCAUGGAGGUCCUCACGGCUCGCGGCCGUCUGCACCUCAAGAGGCUGUCCGCCGACACCGGGACCGAGAUGCACGUUAUCCCCGCUGCGUCCGUCGUUAGGAUAAGGGCCCGUGGUCGGGACGCCGGGGUCGUGUCGGAGGCGAAGAGGGCCCUCCUGAGGUUCUUAGGGGGCCACCGGGCGGAGGUGUUCUUGGACCUAGCGAAGGUUGUGUCGGACGCGUCUCCUCCGGCUCAACAUUCUUCCAGCGGCCGCGGCGGGGGCGGUAGCGAAGGCAAGGCCGGAGCGGAGGCGAUGGAAGAGGUGGUCAGCGGCGGCGGCGGCGGCGGCGGCGGUGGCGUCGGCCGGGACGGAGGUGUCGGGGCUAGCGCGGCUGACGCCAAGAAGGCCGUACGGACGCCGGUAAGCUCGGUGAGCAACAAGAUCAUUCGGCGCACGGUGAAACUCCAUGGCUGCGAGGUGGAGUUUGUUGCGGCCCCGCCGCCGUCGCCGCCGGCGCCUUCGCCGCCGAUGUCCUCCAACGCCGCCAGCGGCGGCAGGGGUGUCAGCAACAGCAACGGAAACCGCCGCGGCGGGAGUGGAGCGGGAGCAGAAAGACACCGCAACGGCCCUUACAAGAGCGGGCCGGGCCGCCAAGAUGCCGGCGGUCGAGGAGCGGGGGUCGGAGCCAUCACAACCGCCGACGAUGCCCACGACGACGGGUCACUGUCCGCGGUAACCGGUGUGUCGUACACGUCGUCGGCGCCGGCGAGAAUGGUUAUGAUUCGGGGCCUGCCCGGACAGGUUGACAAGGCUCGAGACGCGCUGGUUGCUCUGGUUUUGGGAUGGGAGGAUGGCGAGGUAGCACUGGGGGAGGAGGGUGCGGCGGCUUUAGGAGCGGACAGCUGGAGGAAAAUCCAGGAUUCAAGCGGAAGGGUCACCAUUACCCCGGAUAAGUCGAGGUGCUCGCUUCGGGUCUCCGGCCCACCGGCGGCGGUUGAGGCGUGCAGAAAGGAGUUGUACACCAUGCUCGCGGACGCGUCUCGGGGAAAGUUUGUCGCGGUGCCCAUCCCACGCGAGGCCCUCCACGAGGUAGCCACCUCUCUUCGCCUAGCCGAUGCCGCCGCCGCGGCCGCCGCCGCUACGGCCUCCUCGCCAAAGACCGGCGAUGGCAAGCGAACGGCGGCGGCAGCGGGGCAAAUAGCGGAGGUUCUGGGGCCUACGGGAAUCGCUUCGGCGGCGUGCGGAUGGCGGGGCGAAGGCAACGUACAGCUCUUGGCCGACUGGCCGUGCUCGUGCGUCCGUGUGAGGGGGGAAGCGGCGGCCGUGAGCGUGGCGGUGGACGAGAUCAACACCGCGCUGUCGAUGUGGUCAGCCCUGACCGUCACCGCGGAGGUCGAGGAAUGGAUGGAGCCGGAGCUGCUCGGCAAGCAGCGCAAGGCCAUCAAGAAGCUGUCCCAGAGCAUGGGAGGUGUUGUCCUCAACGUCGUCGACGGCGUAUGCUGCGGGAGAGCCGCGUCCGAGGAGGAGGCCCGCGAUGCGACGAGAAAGCUAGAGGAGCGGGUGAACGAGCUACGAGCUAGGCGGGCAGUGGUGCGAGUGCCCCCGGAGGUUGUGAGCCAGCUGACAGGCCGACGGGGAUGUAGCAUCGACAAGCUCAAGGAGAGAACGCGCGCGACCAUAUGCAUCGAGGAGGGGGUAGGAGGGAAGGAGUUUAUCAUCUGCGGGGACCCCGCCGCUGUCGCCGCGGCCAAGCUCGAGGUGGAGGCGAUGGCUCGCGGGCCGUCGAAGAGCGGCCCUGCGACCCAGGCCCCCAACAAUAGACAGAGCCAAGACGGCAGCGUUCCUGACGCGGCCGGAGACCCUUCGCCGCUCCUGUCGCCUUCCCCUGGCGAGGGGGUGCCGCAGACAGGAACACCGUCGCCCCUGCCCCCAUCGCGGCAGAACCAGAACCAGCAGCACGCCGGCAACACUGCGGGCGGCGGGGGUCAGGAUGUUGAUCUGGCGGACCGACGGGAGUGUGAUGCGACGGCGGGUUCGGUGAAGACGGCGGUUGCGGUCCCGAAGCUGGACGGCGAGGGUUACCGCCGCGGCGUGGAAGACCAAGAAAGGGUCGGCGAAGAGCAGCCCCUAGUCGUGACCCCGCCGGGCGGCGGCGGUGACGCGCGACAGGCGCCGGGGCCGAGCGCCUCGGGAUCGACUGGGCGCCCACUUGGCGCUCGCGAUGCCUCCUCCAGCGGGGGUGGCAGCAACAACAACAACAACAACAGCAGCAACAGCAGCAGCAGUGCCGGCAGCGAGGGCUUCGAAACGAACGCGAGGGAUAAUCCCCGGAGUGGCGGGGAUCCUGCCGGGGUCGCGGCCGAGCCGGCGGGGUCACCAGCACCCGCCGUGGUGAGCAGCAGCAACCACUACCCGGCCAAGGGUUCUUCGGCGUCGUCGUACCGAGGGAGGCUCGGCGAGCGCGACAGGCGGGUGUCGGCGGCGACGGAGUCGGAAGCGGAGCGCCUCCUUGCCAGCCUUCUCCUCGUGGACAACGCAGCGGCGGACGUGGGGCCUCCCAUGGACCAGUCGCGCUUGUCGCCCGGCCAUCGCGAAGGGGCGGCGGCAACGACGGGCGUGGGUGCCGGCCUGCGACAGCCGCCGCCGCUGCCGUCGCCGUUUUCUGUUUCUGGCGAUACCGGUGGACACAGAGCGACACCCGCUACUACUGCCGCCGGCGGCAGUCUCGGGCGUGGACCCGCUACUCCGGCCUGCAACGGUUCACCACCUCCGUCGCUGCAGCCGGUCGGGGGUGGCGUGGCCCCGGCUUGCGGAGGUGGGUACUUCACGUCGAGCAGCGGGAUUCGGGUUCGCCUCUGAACUGGACAGGGAGAGCUGCUGGUUGUACCCGGGCUAGAGUGCUGACCGUUUGUGAUGGUCAGCAGGAAGAAGAUGAGGAUGAUGCCACAGGGUGGCGCACAAUCAGCUUGCUGAUUGGUCGAUUUAUUGAUUGACAGAUAGGUCGUGUGGCAGUAUUCGCGGGGGGCGUGCGGUCUUUGGACGAGCUUGAUGUUUUUUUGGUCGGGUACAGGUUGGUAUCAUGUUUAUGCGCGACACGCCUUGGGCGCUGUUGUUUUCCUUGUACCUUCGCGUGCGGCUUGCAGUGCUCGGAGAAAUUUUUGUUGGGGGUACGUGUGUACGGUCUGUAUAUCCUUCGCUAAAACUUCUCAUGACGUAGCCGGGGCGAUUGUAGGCGGAGCAUGCGGGCGUUUGUGGAGCAUGUUUUUCACUCCAUGCAUGCGGCAAACGAGGCCAGGUGUAGCUGAGGAGGGUUUGUUUUGUGUGUGCGCCCCCAAAAGGGGUGCGUUAUCUGUGUUUGGGUGUACUGUUGAUGUGUAUGGAGGCGUCAUUUGUUUGCUUCGGGCUUAUGAACUGGGUCAGAGACGGAGAGGGCACCAAUCCAAUGUCUUGAGGGAAGAGUAUUCAUUGAUGGUCGGUUUGGGUGGCACUUCUCCACGUCAUGGGGGUCAUGCAUAGCGUCAGGAGUGGAUGGUUUUUGUCAGGUCUGGUUUGUUGGGGUGGUAAAAGAACGUAGAGGGUUUGAAAGUAGGACAAGGGACGCUUGUGCGUGUGGGUGGAUUGAAAUUGUGGACAAAAUGGUAGACCGAUUUUUUUCCAGAGGAGGCGCUGGGUAUGCGUUGGUGCACACAUUAGUCAGACAGAGCGACGAGUGCAAUCCAGGGUAUUGGUAACGGCGGAGACGCGGGCUGCCACGCAUCACCUCUCACGGAGGCCCUACAUCGAGACAGAAGAAGAGCAGAUGUCACUCAUGAAACUUGAGUAGUGAGUAGCACAAAAGUCAGCUGAAACCUCCCAAACCCAGCCUUCUCUUCAACCGCACACCAUGUGGUACAUCUACA